AAAGGAAUUAGGGUUUUUAUUCCCUAUUUUAGAACCCAGAGGAGAGGUAUUUUGAAAAACUUUGAUUUAGAUCUAAACGUAGAGGAUAUUAUUUCCAAUUCUUUAUCCCCAUGUAAGAUUUUGAAGAUCAUGAGGUUGAAUAGAAGAAAAUAUGGUGAAAAUGGCAAAGUAGAAUGGGUUCCCAGUGAAUCUGUCCUUAUCACUUUUGAGGGUGGUAUAUUGCCUGAUUUUAUUAAAGUUUAUGGUCUGUAUAACAUGAAAAUUGAGGUUUAUAUUGAACCUAUUAAGGUCUGCUAUAAAUGUUUUCGAUUUGGACAUCUAAGUUUUGUAAAAGUCUACCUAGAUGUAGAUUCUGUGGGUCAUCGGAGGAGCACACAGAAGAGGGUACUUGCUCCUGAGAAGGAAAUUAGUAAAAUUAAGGCCUUCAAGAAUGUCCCUCAUUUGGAAGCCAAAAAGAUGGCUAUGGGGUGCCUUGGUCUAGUUCAAGGUAAUGCUGUUUCUCAUUUUCCUGCAGUCACGUCAGAAAACUUCCCUGAGUUGAAGAAGCCGUCACCAGAGAAUAUUAUUACUAUUAAAUCUUUUGGAGGACAGGAAAUCCCUUCCUCUCCAGCAUCAUCAUCAUGGAAGAAUACUCCUUCUUUCUCUAAGAAUCUUACUCACUCUUCAAGAAAUUCACCUGUUAAUAUUAGUGAUAAAUCUGAUAUUAAAGUGUCUCAUCUAAGUUCAAAUAAAAUUUGCAAGGAUAAUUACGCAGCUAAGUCAGUUCUUAAAGUUGCAGUUAAAGUGCUGCGUGAAACUUCAGAUACAGUAUCUAAUCGUUCAUCUUCAUCUAUUGCAUCCUCCAGUAACAAGAAAGCAGAUAUUAACACUUUGCCGGCCGCGCAUUUAUUGAAGCGCCGUUACGCUGCCGCCGGCGAGAUUCACGCAGGUCCUAUUGCUCGCCAACGGUAAUAUUUACACAACUUUUCGCAACAUAAGUAGUUGGAAUAUAAUUAUUAUUAAAGGGGCCAU